CUUGUUGCAUUUUUUUUCAAUAUAAAAAAACAAUUAUCAGCUGAGCAGUUGGAAUUUCAAAAGCCCGACGAACUGGAAACCAGUAUUAAGGCUCAAAUAACCAUUUUUAUUAUUGGGAGGAUUAAACACAGUCAAAAAUGGAGGUGUACUGGUAGGAAUUGUUACGGCAGGGCUUUAAUCGCUGCAUUUCUUUGACAUCUACGCAUGGCUGGAAAACCAGUUCUUUCUAACAUUGCUUUUCACAGAAACAAAUAAAUGGUUCUAAAACCAGUUUUAAGGACAAAGACGACGACAUUAUUUCAUACUCACUUCCAACGCUAUAAUUAUAAUUAUGCAAUGCCAACGCCGUCCAUUGUCAAUCUUAAUUUCAGCAUCUCAGAGUUAUGUAGAAAGGGGAGGUUGAAGGAGGCAUUGCACAUUCUGCUUACUACGUACCAUUCCACAGUAGAUUCUUCUACAUACCUUCAACUAUUGCAGACCUGCAUUUCAAAGAAAGCUCUUUCAGAGGGAAAGAAAAUCCACUCCCACAUUAGUGAGAGGCAUUUGAAGUUGGCCACAAUCAAAGUCUUACAAGAUACCCUGGUACGCAUGUAUGAUCAGUGCGGAAGUUUAGUUGAUGCCCGCGAAGUGUUUGACCAAAUUACUGAACGAGACGUCCUGUCAUGGAAUGCCAUCAUUGCAGCUUACAGAAGACAUGGGUAUCCUCAGGAAGCAUUGAAAUUGUUUUGCGAAAUGCAAGCAACAGGUGUCCAGCCUGAUCAGUUCUCAAUUUCCAGCAUAUUCCAAGCCUGUGCCAAAAUAAGAGAUUUGGAAACCGGUAUGAAAAUCCAUCAGAGUAUAAUGGAAAGGGGCUUUUUGUCUGAUGUUGUAGUUGCAAGUGCACUGGUAGACAUGUAUGCAAAAUGUGGAAGCAUACAAAUUGCACGCGAGCUUUUUGACAAAAUACACCAAAGAAAUAUAAUCUCAUGGAAUGCUAUGUUAGCAGCAUAUGCACAAGAUGGUGAACUUGAUGAGGCUUUAAAGCUUUUCGAGGAAAUGCCUCGAAGAGAUGUGGUUUCGUGGACUGCAAUGGUUUCGGGAUAUGCACAAAAUGGGUUUUUUGAGAAGGCAUUGGAAACUUUUAAGCAAAUGCAAUUGGCAGGAGUAAAGCCAGUUUCCGCAACCUAUGCCAGCAUUCUCCCAGCCUGUGGGAAACUUGGAGCUUUAAAACAGGGUAUGGACAUCCACCAAAGCAUAAUUGAAAAUGGUUUUUUGUCGGAUGUCGUAGUUGUAAGUGCCGUGGUAGAUAUGUAUGCAAAAUGUGGAAGCAUACACAUGGCACGUCAACUGUUUGACAAAAUGUCUCGGAGAAAUUUGAUCUCAUGGAAUGCUAUGAUUGCAGGAUAUGCAGUAAAUGGCUUUUGCAAGGAUGCUCUAGAACUCUUUGAACUAAUGAAGCUAUCUGGAACAUACCCUAACCAUGUAACCCUCACUUGUGUUUUGUUAGCAUGCAGUCAUUCAGGUUUAGUGAACGAGGCCUGUAAAUACUUCAAUGGCUUUACUGACUCUUAUCGCAUUGCUCCUACAAUUGAUCAUUAUGUAUGCCUUGUUGACCUCCUUGGACGAGCUGCCUAUCUUGAACAAACCCUAAAAUUUAUUAUCAAAAUGCCUGUUAAACCUAUGACAGUUGUGUGGACUUGUUUGCUUGGUGCCUGUAGAGCACAUAAGAAUGCUGGGUUAGGAGCAUUUACAGCAACUCUUCUUUUGGAGCUCGAUCCUAAAAAUGCUGCAACUUUUGUUCUUUUGUCAAACAUCUAUGCAGAAGUGGGCAUGUGGGAUGAAGUUCAAAAGGUAAGGACGUCAAUGAAAGAUGGAGGAAUUAAAAAGAUACCUGGAUGUAGUUGGAUUGAAGACCAUAAAAAGGUGCAUGCAUUUUAUAUUGGAGACAGAUCACACCCACAGACACAGGAAAUCUAUGCAAAGUUGGAUAAUUUGUCUUUGGAGAUGAAGGCAGCAGGGUAUUUACCACAUUCAAAGGAUGCGCUGAAUGAUGUGGAGGAGGAGGAGAAAAAUAUAUUUCUCUGCCACCAUAGUGAAAAGUUGGCAAUUGCAUUUGGUUUGUUAAACACGCCCCCUGGAACAACCAUUAGAGUUGUCAAGAACCUUAGAGUAUGUGUUGACUGCCACUCUGCAACCAAGUAUAUCUCCAAGAUUGUUGGAAGAGAAAUAGUUGUGAGAGAUGCAAAUCGGUUCCAUCAUUUUGAACAAGGACAAUGCUCUUGCAAAGAUUAUUGGUGAUGCCCAGUGAAACAACCUGUAGGCAUAUGAUUGCACAAUAACAAAGUGCACUGUGGCAUAUCAGCAGUGAUGAUAAGAAACCAUGCUUUAUUUCCAAAUAUUAAGAAGUGUGCAGAUUUAGACUGUGCUGUUUGACUCCAUAAAAUCAGAUGUAUGGUAUGCAAUGUAUAUCUUUUUCUGUAAUAUACUGAUGGAGUAUUUGUUAAAGCUCCGUUUUAUGAUAACAUGGAGGUGUCAUGACAUUGAAUUGUUUUCAAGAAACCUGCAAAUGUCUUGAAGAAAAGCUGGAGGAGUGGAUAAUAAUAAAGAGCAAAAGAAAGAUGAACGCUUGAAGGAAAUGGAAAGAUGCUUGGCCAUAAGAAGAAAGAAGGUCUUACAAGAAAGCCAAUGAUUGAAGAUUUUGGGGGAGAACAUCUCUUGAUAGUUUUCUACAUUUUAUGUCAUUUUUUAUGGUCCUUUGUCUGGAUGAAUUAAUUCUAUCAUCUUGCACCCACGUCAGCUCUGUCAUUUAGUAUCAUUUACUGUUAGAGAAUUUUACUUCCCCUUAUGGAGAGCUAAAAUGUUUGCGAACUUCCAAUUAAAAAGAA